GGGAGCGGGAGGCGGAGGCGGAGGCGGCGGGGAACGGAGCCUGGAGCGCCGGGAAAAGCAUUGGAUGCUUUUCCACCAUGCUGAUGGCGUUUUUAAUUUAUUUGUCAAACUUCCUAAAUUUUAACUGAAGAAACCUUAAGAACUUAAACUUGUGAGUAAAGUGUGACUGCCAGUCAACAGGCUUUCAGGAUGAAUCUGGAAAAACUCAGCAAGCCUGAACUUCUAACACUAUUCAGUAUUCUGGAAGGAGAGCUUGAAGCAAGGGACCUGGUUAUAGAAGCUUUAAAGGCCCAACACAGAGACACUUUCAUUGAAGAACGCUAUGGAAAAUAUAACAUCAGUGAUCCUUUAAUGGCUCUGCAGAGAGACUUUGAAGCACUGAAGGAGAAGAACGAUGGUGAGAAGCAGCCAGUGUGCACAAACCCACUCUCGAUUCUCAAGGUGGUAGUGAAGCAGUGCAAGAACAUGCAGGAACGCAUGCUGUCCCAGCUGGCCGCUGCCGAGAGCAGGCACCGAAAGGUGAUCCUAGAUCUUGAGGAAGAAAGGCAAAGGCAUGCACAGGACACAGCAGAAGGAGACGAUGUCACCUACAUGCUGGAGAAGGAACGUGAACGGCUGACUCAACAGUUGGAAUUUGAAAAGUCCCAGGUGAAAAAGUUUGAAAAAGAGCAGAAGAAGCUCUCCAGUCAGCUGGAGGAGGAGCGCGCCUGCCACAAGCAGCUGUCCUCCAUGCUGGUGCUCGAGUGCAAGAAAGCCACCAGCAGGGCGGCCGAGGAGGGGCAGAAGGCAGGCGAGCUGAGCCUGAAGCUGGAGAAGGAGAAGAGCCGGGUGAGUAAACUGGAGGAAGAGCUGGCAGCUGAGAGGAAGCGAGGCUUGCAGACUGAGGCCCAGGUGGAGAAGCAGUUGUCUGAGUUUGACAUCGAAAGAGAGCAACUGAGAGCAAAGUUGAACCGAGAAGAGAACCGGACCAAAACUCUGAAAGAAGAGAUGGAAAGUUUGAAGAAGAUAGUGAAGGAUCUAGAGGCUUCUCACCCGCAUGGGUGCCCUAAUGAGCAAUCAGAGAAACCAGUAACCCUGUCUAAAGGCACAGCAACUGAGCCUCCCAUGCUAGUGUCUGUCCUUUGCCAAACAGAGGGCUUCCAGGCAGAAAGAGCCCAUGGGAGCAGUGCCCCCAAGGUGGCAGUGCCCGGGCUGCCUGGCCCCACCGCUCCUCCUCACUCUUACGCAAAAACCAAUGGCCAUCUUGAGCCAGAGAUACAAACUGCCAAGGAGUCGAUUACAAGCAGCAGCAUAGAAAACCAAGUGCCUCCACGGGAGAAGUCUGUGGGACUGGCCCCAGACAAAGCAGUGGAGAAUGGUGGCUGUCCUGUGGGAAUGGAGACUGCAGUCCCAGGGCCUAGCCUCCUCCCUUCCAGCGGGAGCUCACUUUCUCCCAGCAGCACUGCCUCCUCCUCUCUCACCUCCUCUCCUUGCUCUUCACCAGUACUAACUAAGCGCUUGUUGGGGUCAUCAGCAAGCAGCCCUGGCUACCAGUCAUCCUACCAAGUAGGGAUCAACCAGCGGUUCCAUGCAGCUCGGCACAAAUUUCAGUCUCAAGCAGAUCAGGACCAACAAGCCAGUGGUCUACAGAGCCCUCCAUCCAGGGAUCUUUCCCCGACCCUUAUAGACAACUCUGCCGCCAAGCAGCUGGCCCGGAACACUGUCACUCAAGUGCUCUCCAGGUUCACCAGCCAACAAGGGCCGAUCAAGCCUGUCUCCCCCAACAGCUCUCCCUUUGGCACAGACUAUAGGAAUCUGGCCAGCACUGCCAACCCGAGAGGUGACACUGGCCACUCACCUACUCCCGGGAAAGUGUCCAGUCCUCUGAGCCCCCUGUCUCCAGGGGUCAAGUCCCCUACCAUCCCCAGAGCCGAGAGAGGAAACCCUCCACCCAUCCCACCCAAAAAACCUGGCCUCACCCCUUCUCCAGCCACUGCCACACCACUGACCAAAACUCAUUCCCAGGCACCUUCUCUGACCACCGCCGAAGACCUGGCCAGCAGCUGCUCUUCUAAUUCUGUUGUAGCCAAUGGCAAGGAGGUUGAGAUACUUUUGCCUACCAGCAGCUAGUUCCCAGAAAGGAGUCUCCACAUUUGCCAUUCCAUCAGAUUGUCCAACAGCUCAGAGUCAAACUGUUGAGUCAGAUCAUGUUAUUUAUUUUGAUAGUAGCUGAAACCAUCUGUAUAUUCAUUUAGUAUAUCUCACCUUUUUGUAUUUUUUUAAGUGGGAACUGAGUAGUUUAGGUUUUUAUGACUCACAUCUUUGUACUAAAGCUAGAAGGGCACCUCAAAGACAUCCCAAGUUCAGCAGUGACCAUCGUGCUGUGAUGGAGAAAGCUGAUUGAGUACCAAGUGGUGAUUUGCUGUCUAUUUUGGGACUGGAAUCACUCAACACUCAUUCUGAAUUAUGCAGAAGUGGUUCAUGCAGAUUUUUAUUCCAGAUGAACAAGUUUAAAAAGUGCCUGAAAUAAGACGGCCAAUGAAUGUGAUUCUGCAACGGAAGUACAAAAUGGAUCAUCUACUUGCAGAAAAUGAGAUCCUCUGAAUUCUGAAUGUUAAAAACCAACACUGCUUUUAAUCCUCUUACUGUUAUUAAUAUAGCUUUUUGUUCAGAAACAAGGCUGCAUACAUAGAAUGAGAAUCCUAAAGGUGGGUGCAAUCUCACCACAGAGCUGAGCUUUAUAGAGCCCUUGAGAAACCCUCCUGAGCAUUAAGCAGUUGGGGUGCUGAUUUCCUUGUACUUUUGAAAACUUAAGUCACUCCCAGUUUCCUGCAUCAAUUCUUAAAUAGAAUGAAAUCACAUCUCCAAAAAUUGUCUUCAGGCAUCUACUGUUGUAUAAGGAACUUCUGAUUCCAACUGCUAUUACUUGAAUAGGAAAUAGUUACUCAUUCUGUAUAAAAGUUUUGCAACAGAAUGAGAUCUUUAUUAUGUAAUCAAAAAGCAAUAACUUAAAAUCCACUCUCUGUAAUAUUAUAAGUCAGAAUUAUAUAGGUUUUACCAAAUUAUCAUGCUUAUUUUAUAAGCCACCAGCACUUGGUGUCUAUAUUUGUGGAACCAAAUUAACUUUUGCCUAAUCGGAAGUAUACAUAAUACCUGUAUAAUACACACCCCUUUCUUUACAUGUUUAACAUAUACACCAACACAUAAAUAUUAGUGUGAUUAUUAAAUCUUUGGAGUUUGCAAUAUAGCAUAAAGGACGAGUAGAAAUGCACAUUAAGAUUAUCUACCAAAGCAGCUAGAUGUGGCUGGGACCCAAUCAAAGGAGGAGUCUUGUCCACAGGAAGGUGGAGAAAUUCCAAAUGAGGUCAGGUCUUUAGCAUCAUGAAAAGGCAGGCCAAACAAAUCUCAGUGUCACAAAACUCAGCUUGUUAUAUAAAUGCAUAAAACAGGUCACUCAAUCUUAAGUUGUAAGACAGUUGGGAGUAGUUGAGAGCUGUAGCAAACUGAAGUGCCCAGUCCCAUUUAAAAGAACCAUCCCUGUUCAGCUCCAGCCCCUGUUGCCAUGCAAUAAUGCUGGAUUAGGGUUAUUUACCAGCUUCUCAUAAAUCCUCUAGAUUUAUGAAAUCCAAACUUUCAUAAGAAGCACUCUCAUUUUUAAAUAUCAAAACUGAGCCCCCCAAAAUUUUAAACACUGCUGAUUAAACUCUUCCGCAGCUGGAUUUAGCUUGCAAGCUGCCAAGUUGUAACCUUUCAUUCUAGAACCUUCUCUCAUUUCCAUCAUAGCAAGUUUGUGAGGGAAAAAGCCCCCCUCUUUCUAAUCUGUAGACCAGUGCAGCCAGCAAGGUCCAUAGAACAUAAUGACUAUCCUCCUUCCAAUCCAAACAAGACUCUGUGAUCCAGUGCAGACAUGGUGGUAGUAUGACUGUGUCCACAGAGAUUGGGAGGCCUUGGUGUCCUCAUAUAAAUUCUUCUAGCCAACAUCUAUCCAGCAGCCCCUAACCUCCAAUAAUUUAAAUGUUUCCUCUUAAUCCAAUAUACAUUUAAAUUUAAAUCUAUUUUUAAAUUUAAGUCUGUUUCCUCUUAACCCAAUAGGAGUUGAUGGGGUAAAGGCAGGUGAUAAACAUCGAUGUAUAAAUCACAGUGGUGUAUAUUGGUGUCUCCACAGCUUAUGGUUUAAGGCCAACACAUCAAAAAUUAAAAUACCACUAAAGUCCCAGGGUGUCUGCCAAGUGAAGGUAGACAAACUUAUAAACUGCCCAAAACAAUCAUGCAUUAAACUUGAUUCCCUUGCAUAGCCAAAUGCAUAGUGUUGAUGUUAAAAUAGCUGAAAUUUCCCAACAGGAAGAAGGAGCUACAGUCCCAGAGUGUCAGUACCUCUCUUGCUUUAAACGGUAAUCUUAAAAGUUGCAUUGUGCUCUUCCUUUGUUUCAGCAUAGACAUAUAGAGAUACUAUAAGGAAGUUUAUUUCUUAGGAAGUGCACUGAAUAAUGUAUUUCUUUUAUAGUGUAAUAUGGGGGUGGGGAAAUGCAAAAGAAAUGUGUAUUUUUGCUAGUUGCCUAUCUCCUGAGAAAUAAGCACAAUACUGCAGUGGAUCUAAUAAUGCAGCUAGGUAUUAUAGAUGAGUAUUUAAGUUUGCUGUAGCUUGUGUGUGUGCUAAGUAAAAGUUCCGUGAUUCACAAUUUUGGUAUUAACCCAUGUUGUGAAAGCUUUGUUACUGGUCAACAGACUAUGACGGCGUGUAACACAUAACACAAGCAUUAACGAAGUCGUUAACGUUUGUAAAGCCAAAUGUACCAUGAAGAAGUCUUUCAUCCAUUUUUAUAGCAGACUACAUUAAAACAAGUUAAAUCAUCCCAUCUGGGGAAAAA